GCUCUUACGCCCAUAAGGGAAUCAAUACCCUUCUUUUCCCAACACAACUUCCCAUCCAAAUAUGAGCCUUCCCAUUCUCGCGUGGGUAUUUUUUAUUAUGAAACGCUUUCGAGAUGCAGGAGUGGGGCAAGUCAUUUAUGGUUUUCCGAUUUUGACAUUUUCGAUAACACUGAGUUGGACAGCAUCAUCCAAUAACAUCAGCUUAACAUCAGACUUUCCAACCCGAGGCACACAACCGAAGUAAAGCAGCAGCACACAACCACGAGAAAAAGCAUACCACAACUAAAUCCAUUCCUCACAAUUUUUCUUAUCGAACUGAAAUACAGCACCAAAACAAGGCACAACAACACACACAUCAUCCGCUCUCACACUCACCCUCAUCCACCGCACCUCAAUUCACACUUCAUCUCAUUUCACCCCCUCUCCGCACCCUUUCGCCUGUCCUUUUAUCAAUUCCUCUCAACUCUACCGAAAAUCCAGACUUCCGUCACGACCCACCAUCCACCCAUUUCUAUUUUCCCCUUACUUUUAUCUUUCCAAACCAUUAAAAUGGCCGAAGUACAACAACCGUCGAAUGCGCAAGAAACGAACGAUGUGGUUCCUCUGAUCGACGACGAAGCCUACUUGAUGAGCAUGGUGGAAGCCGACGCCUUGUUGCCUUCCAACAUGACCUUUUCGGGACUCUUCGACGGCGCGCUCAACGCAGACGAAUUGACUGACAUUGCCUCUCUGUUGGCUCCUUCGCCUCCGAAUCAUGUCUCGGACGAUGAAACGGGGUCCUCGGUGGCCUCGUCGGAGGCCAGCACACCCGUGAGCGCUGCUCCUGUCCUAGUGACACCGGACCCCAGCAAGGCACCGGCUCCCCUUUUGCCCGAGCUCGAAGCAAAAAGCAAGCCAUCUUUGGUUUCCGCCGCCGCCGCGAAUCACAAGCGUCGAUCUUUGUCCAAAGAUCCGGCUCCUUCCAAAAAGAAAGCCAAGUUGGCGCCCAAAACCAAGCUCAUUUUGGCUAGCAGCGUCAAGGCAUCAGUUCCCAAACAGCUCGUUCCCUGCCCGGUCCAGUCAUCGGACGUUCCGGGCAAAACCAAUGACGACAAGAAAAUAGCGGACCCUCUUGCCACGAACGGUGCCGAGAAAUUUCCUGCCUUGGCUCCUAAACCUCCUGCUCCUAAACCUCUCAAGACUCCAGCUGCAUUGACUCUCAAGGCGGCCAUUGCUCCUUGUAUCGAGCAGCCUGACGAGGUUGCAAGCGACACCGCUACCAGCCCCAAAACAAGUGAUACGUCAGUCACCGAUACGUCAGUCACUGAGACCAAGACGACCGGUACCAACAGUUCCAAGCCUCUGACACAAGAGGAACGGGCCCAGCAAUGCCGGGAUCGCAACCGUCAGCACGCUAGAAAUACCCGUCUUCGAAAGAAGGCAUACAUUGAAGAACUCAAAACCCAGUUGAUCGAACUCGUGGACGCACGCGAUGCAGAGGCUCUGGAACAGGCCCAAAAGACCAAGAUUGUCGAGCAGCAGCGAGAAGUCCGCUUCCAAGUCAUGCAAGACUUUUUGCAGAUUCGGGGACGCAACGAAGCCAACCCCACUCGUUGGGGAGCCAUUUUGGAAGAUGGCUUUACGUUGACGCUUCCCAAAACCCCAUUUCAAACCAUGGUGGCCACUACGACGACGACCACCGACAAGAACAACGACAACGCCGAUCAUCAGGAGCAGCUCCUCAGUGGAGUUGCGGAAAUCAUGACGGAUUCCACCUACUUUUCAUCAUUUUUACAGUCGCUGGGGAAUGCGACGCACACUCACACCACCACCACCGGUGGGGAUGACGCCAACAUCCCUCCCAUCACCUUUGUAUACCGCUGUAACCGAAGCAAUUUUCUCAUGGAUGGUUGCAAUGCUAUCAUCUCAUGGACUGCCACCUCUGCUGGAGCCGUCCAAAAGGGUGCUGCUAAAGAAUUGGAGUUGUGUGGCUCCAUGAGGGCCAAAUUUUGUCCUCGCACGAACCGCCUCGAAAUGGCCAAGAUCCAGUUCGACACGGGAGCCAUUCAGAGUCAGCUUUAAGGAUUGCAACCUCAAUCCGGACAUGUACUUCAUUUCUGCACACGAUGCACUAUCAAGGCUUCUGUGAGAGACUCGCUGCCGUCACCUCUCUCAUCUUUUUACAGCACCUUUCCAUGCUAUCUUCACUUUCCACGAUGGAUACAUCUUCUGUCUACGUUUAGUUUGCUUUCAUUUCUCCUCGCUCUGUGUCCUCUGAACGAAGAUUCGGGGGACCAAAUCUACAACAAAAAAAGCCAGAAAAACAACAACUUCUCUUCCUCGCUACGCGUGAAGGUUCGGGAACCAAAUCUACAAUCAAAAAGCCAGAAAAACAACAACAUUCUCUACUAUGAUCUAUGCAUGCACAUGUCUUUAGCACCACUGCGGCUGUUCGUUUUGCCGUACGAUAGUUGAUAAUGAUAGCCUUUGAUACCACUGCU